GGCCGGAGCGCGGCGGCGGCGGCGGCGGCGGCGGCCGGGCAGUGAGCGCCCGCGUUCCCCAGCGCCGCGCCUUCAGCCGCUCCCGCGCCCACCGCCGUGGCGAGCUCGCGUUCGGAUCCGCUGGAGCGGGAAGAUGGCGACGGACGGCGCGAGCUGCGAGCCCGACUUCUGCGCCCCGGACGACGCGGCGGGGGCCCCGGCGGAGCCCGCGAAAAAAGAAUUUGAUGUGGACACUCUCAGCAAACCAGAGCUUCGGAUGCUCCUGAGCGUGAUGGAGGGAGAGCUGGAGGCCAGAGACCUGGUCAUCGAGGCCCUGAGGGCACGCCGGAAGGAGGUGUUUAUCCAGGAACGGUAUGGAAGAUUUAAUUUAAACGACCCAUUCUUGGCACUCCAGAGAGACUAUGAAGCAGGUGCCAGUGACAAAGAGAAGAAGCCCGUUUGCACCAACCCACUCUCGAUCCUUGAAGCCGUCAUGGCCCACUGCAGGAAAAUGCAGGAGAGAAUGGCCGCCCAGCUUGCUGCUGCCGAGAGCAGACAAAAGAAGCUGGAGACGGAGAAGCUGCAGUUACAGGCACUGGAGCAGGAGCACAAGAAGCUGGCGGCGCGCCUGGAGGAGGAGCGCACCAAGAACAAGCACGUGGUGCUCAUGCUGGUCAAGGAGUGUAAGCAGCUGUCGGGCAGAGUGCUCGAGGAGGCGCAGAAGCUCGACGAGGUCAUGGGCGAGCUGGAAGAGGAGAAGAAGAAGACCAGCGCGCUGGAGGAGGAGCUCUCGGCCGAGAAGCGCCGGGGCGCGGAGAUGGAGGCGCAGCUGGAGAAGCAGCUCUCCGAGUUCGACACGGAGCGCGAGCAGCUGCGGGCCAAGCUGCACCGGGAAGAGGCGCACACGGCCGACCUCAAGGAGGAGAUCGACAAGCUGAAGAAGAUGAUCGAGCAGCUGAAAAAGGGCCCGGACAGCAAGCCCAGCCUCCCCCUCGCCCGGAAGGCAAAGGACCGGCGGGCCGUCUCCAUCUCGGUGGCCACGGAAGGACCGGCGACCCGCUCUGUCGCUUGCCAGACAGAUCCCGUGACAGAAAGCGCCGACCCGGCGAAGAAGUUGCCCUUGACCGUACCCGUCAAGCCCCCCACGGGAAGCCCCCUCGUCCCUGCGAAUGCAAAAGGCGGGGUGUGCCCCGCGCUGGUCAGGCCGGCUUCCCACGGGGACUCGCCCGGCGCCUCCGUGCCCACGGCCCCGACUCCAGGUGCAAACAGACUAGAGGAAAAUGGGCCCAGCCCCGGCCCCCCGGGCCCGAGCACCGAUCCAGCCCUGCCUGCCGCCGCCGCCGCCGCCGUGCAGCCCCCUAGCCUGGCUCCCCAGGGCUCCCAGCCCGCCGCACCCGCGCACAGUUUACAUUCACCGUGUGCCAAUGCGUCUCUGCACCCGGGGCUGAACCCGCGCGUCCAGGCCGCGAGGUUCCGAUUCCAGGGCAAUGCCAAUGACCCCGACCAAAACGGAAACACCACGCAGAGUCCUCCUUCCAGGGAUGUGUCCCCGACGAGUCGCGACAACCUGGUGGCCAAACAGCUGGCUCGCAAUACCGUGACCCAGGCUCUGUCAAGAUUCACCAGCCCUCAAACGGGAACGCCCCCCAGGCCAGGAGGCCCCCCGACGGGAGACGCGGGCACCCACCUUCCAGUCGGUCGGACCGGUUUAAAGACUCCCAGCGCAGCUCGAGUUGACCGAGGAAACCCGCCUCCCAUCCCUCCCAAAAAGCCAGGGCUCUCCCAAGCCCCUUCUCCCCCACACCCCCAACUCAAGGCUAUCAUGGAUAGCAGGGCCUCCAGUGCGGGGGCCAAAGUCGAUAACAAAACUGUGGCAUCACCUCCUUCCACCCUGCCCCAAGGGAGCAGGGUCGUAACAGAGGAGAAUCUCACUAAGUCAUCUUCCCCUCAGCUGCCACCAAAACCGUCCAUAGAUUUAACUGUGGCACCUGCCGGCUGUGCCGUUUCAGCCCUGGCCACGUCUCAGAAAAUACAAAAGGUAAAAUGUACCAGAGAGGAGCCUUCUUGCUGGUCACCCUCCCUAACCCCUUUGCUAAUGAGUGGUGGUCCUGCCCCCCUGGCUGGCAGGCCCACCCUUCUUCAGCAAGCUGCUGCCCAGGGAAAUGUCACUUUAUUAUCAAUGCUGCUUAAUGAAGAAGGACUGGACAUUAAUUACUCCUGUGAAGAUGGCCAUUCUGCCUUGUAUUCUGCUGCUAAGAAUGGACAUACAGACUGUGUGAGAUUGCUGCUGAAUGCAGAAGCCCAAGUCAGCGCUGCUGAUAAAAACGGCUUUACACCCUUGUGUGCUGCAGCUGCACAGGGACACUUCAAGUGUGUAGAAUUACUAAUUGCAUACGAUGCUAACAUUAAUCAUGCUGCUGAUGGAGGACAGACACCUCUAUACCUGGCCUGUAAAAAUGGAAACAAAGAAUGUAUCAAACUCUUGUUAGAAGCUGGAGCUGACCGGAGUGUAAAAACCAGAGAUGGCUGGACACCAGUUCAUGCAGCUGUGGACACUGGCAAUGUGGACAGUCUCAAGCUUCUUAUGUACCAUCGAGCUGGUGGAAACUCUUCGAAUGUGGAGGAGCCCGAGGCAGGAGUCUUUGACUUGCAAGGAGAAGGCAGCCCUGAAGGGACAUCCAAGCCCAUUGUUCCCGAGGAGCUCAUUAACCACGCUGACAGAGAGGGCUGGACCGCUGCCCACAUCGCUGCUUCUAAAGGGUUCAAGAACUGCCUUGAAAUCUUAUGUAGGCAUGGAGGGCUGGAGCCAGAAAGGAGAGACAAAUGCAAUCGGACUGUGCAUGAUGUGGCCACCGAUGACUGCAAACAUUUGCUGGAGAAUCUGCAUGCUCUGAAAAUACCCCUUAGGAUUUCAGUGGGUGAAAUCCAACCAAGCACCUAUGGUUCAAAUGACUUCGAGUGCGAGAACACAAUAUGUGUUUUAAAUAUCCGCAAACAGACAUCAUGGGAUGAUUUUUCAAAAGCAGUGAGUCAAGCUCUGACAAAUCAUUUCCAGGCAAUCUCUUCUGAUGGAUGGCGGAGCCUGGAAGACAUGACAUUUAAUGAUACUACCGACUCCAGCAUCGGCCUCGGUGCAAGCAGCGUGAGAUCCAUCAUGCUAGGAAAUGUGCCAUGGUCAGCAGGUCAGAGCUUCCCCCUGUCCCCGUGGGACUUGAUGAAGAAGAAUGAAGCAGAGCAGGUCACUGUGCUUUUGUCAGGUCCUCGAGAAGGCUGCCUCUGUAGUGUGACGUACACAUCCAUGAUCCCUCUGCAGAUGCUGCAGGACUACCUCAGGCUGGUUGAACAAUAUCAUAAUGUCAUUUUUCACGGCCCUGAAGGAAGCCUACAAGACUACAUAGCGCAUCAACUUGCCCUCUGCAUGAAGCACAGACAAAUGGCUGCAGGAUUCCCCUGUGAAAUAGUGAGAGUUGAAGUGGAUGCUGGUUUCUCCAAGGAACAGCUGGUAGACCUGUUUAUCAGUAGCGCAUGUUUGAUCCCAGUGAAACAAGCUCCUGUCAACAAGAAAAUUAUCAUUAUCUUAGAGAAUCUGGAAAAAUGUUCAUUGUCAGAGUUAUUGGGGGACUUUUUGGCACCUCUGGAAAAUCGCAGCACUGAAAGCCCAUGUACUUUUCAAAGAGGAAAUGGGACAGCCGAAUGUUACUAUUUUCAUGAGAACUGCUUUCUGAUGGGAACCAUCGCCAAGGCCUGCCUCCAGGGCUCGGACCUGCUGGUGCAGCAGCAUUUCCGCUGGGUUCAGCUGCGGUGGGAUGGAGAGCCCAUGCAGGGGCUGCUGCAGAGGUUCUUAAGGAGGAAAGUGGUGAAUAAGUUCAGAGGUCAGCUGCCGUCACCCUGUGACCCUGUGUGCAAGAUUGUCGACUGGGCUCUGGCUGUCUGGCGCCAGCUCAACUCCUGCCUGGCCCGCUUGGGCACCCCUGAAGCGCUCCUGGGGCCAAAGUAUUUCCUGUCUUGUCCUGUAGUCCCAGGACAUGCCCAAGCAACAGUGAAGUGGAUGUCUCAACUGUGGAAUGCCGUGAUCACUCCCAGAGUGCAAGAAGCAAUAUUAUCAAGAGCCUCUGUGAAAAGACAGCCUGGUCUUGGGCAAAUAGCUGCCAAAAAACACCCCAAUCAAGGACAGCAGGCUGUGGUUAAAGCCGCCCUCAGCAUCCUGCUCAAUAAAGCUGUUCUGCAUGGCUGUCCCCUUCAGAGGGCAGAGCUGGACCAGCAUACAGCCGAUUUCAGGGGAGGAAGUUUCCCUUUAUCCAUGGUCUCCAGUUACAACAACUGUAGCAAGAAGAGAGCAGAGAGUGGUGCGUGGAGAAAGGUGAGCACAAGUCCUCGCAGGAAGUCUGAGCGCUUCUCUUCCCCCAUCUGGAACAAGCCUGCCGUGAGCCAGGAAGGCAUCAAAAAUAAGACCAUCUCACAGCUGAAUUGUAACAGGAAUAUUUCACUGUCAAAACAAAAGUCUAUAGAAAAUGACUUAUCAUUGACAUUGGAUCAAAGACUCUCUCUGUGUUCCGAUGAUGAAAUGGACCUUGUUAAAGAACUUCAGAGUAUGUGCUCCAGCAAAUCAGAAUCUGACAUAAGCAAGAUUGCUGACUCCAGGGAUGAUUUGAGGAGAUUUGAUAGUUCAGGAACUAGCCCUGGAUUUUCAGCAACAGCCAAUAACCCAAGGAUGCCAGUGUCGCCAAAGGAGGUCAGUCCUCUCAGCAGCCAUCAAACCACCACUACCGAGUGCAGCAACAAUAAAUCAAAGACUGAGUUGGGUGUAUCAAGAGUUAAAUCUUUUCUUCCUGUUCCUAGAAGUAAAGUCACCCAGUGUUCCCAGAACACCAAAAGAAGCAGCAGCAGCAGUAAUACAAGGCAAAUAGAAAUCAACAACAACACAAAAGAAGAUAUUUGGAAUUUACGCAAAAACGAAGUAGAAAAACCUAACAAAUAGGCCUGCCUACAAUAUUCUCACUCUUGUGUAUAUUUCUUUCACACAGAAACCAAGGACAACCAGAUGUAUAUACUUUUAAAUGACUAAAAUAUUUUCACUGUAAUAUAAAAGUAUGAGUGCGGGACCACUAUUCAAAUUUUUGUAAAGAAUGUAUUUAUAACCAGCAUUUUGUUGCUUUUUUUCCAAUUCUGUAGGAUUAAACUUCAGUACUGAGAAGUCAUGCCAACUUUUGGAGUAGUUUUAUAAUAGAAAAAUUGUAAUAGUUUUAACCAACUUGUUCAGGGGUAUUAAAACAACUGUGUGUACUGUAUGUCUAUAGCUAUAUAUAUGUACAUAUGUAUAUAUGAUAAAGUACAUGACAAGUUACAUACUAUGUUACAAAAGCUAUAUAACAUUUGAUUAACUAAUAUGUACCAUUUUAAAUGGAAAUCAUAAUUUUAUGUUCACUUGAGAAUAACUAGAAAGAAUGUGGCAAUAAUGAAUCAUUUCCUAAACAGUUACUUUUCAUUAAAAGCCAUAUUUAGUAUUUUGCCUGUUAAAUUCUAGUUUUACAUUUGAAAUCUUUUAAAUCUUUUAAUGGUUAACAUUGCUGAUUGGUUGUAUCAUGUAUAUUUAUGCUUAUGAGUUUGCAUUAUGACUCCUAUAAAAUAUGAAGUAUAUGAUGCAAUAAAAGUGUUAUCUUUCUUACAAAAGUUUUGUACCUAAGUGGAUAUAAAAAUUUAACUACAUAAAUGCUUCAUUAAGUUAAAUCAGUUAACUCUUCAAGUUAAUUCUAGUAGCACAACUGAUAAUAAAACUGAUUCUAUUUUCUAGA